AUUAUAAUGGCUCUAUCUUCUUCUUAUUACUCUUCGUCCUGGUCGGACUUGCUCCCGGAGCUUAUGGACGCUGUAUUCCACAGCCUAAACGAUGUCAAAGACAUCCUUAGUUGUGCAACCGUCUGUUCUUCCUGGAGAUAUUCUUCCUCCGCCGUGUACAGUCGCAAGUUUUUCAGGUAAUGAUGAUCAGAGAUGGAUUUGCGGAAGCACAAGAGGGUAUUUGUUAACUGUCAAUGUUUCUUUCCAGUUCGAGGUAAGUUUACAGAACCCAUUUACUAACACCGUUGUUUCCCUGCCACCGUUGACAUCUUUUGAAGAUGUUCAGCGGUUGAUUCAGUUCCAAGCUACCUCUCAGCACUCUGGAGCGCUAACCCUAAUAAAGGAGUUUGUAAAGAAAGUUGCAUCUUCUAAAAUUUUAUUAGACUCUGAAUGCGUUGUGCUCAUAAUCUACAACACCAAUGGAGGAAAGCUAGCUUUCUGCAGACGGGGAGAUAAACAAUGGACGGAGUUAGAGUCUGAUCAUAUCGAUGACAUUGUGUUCUGUAAUGGCGUCUUCUUAGCCAUGGAUAGAACUGGAGUGAUAUAUCAGUGUGAACUUAACCCUGACAAUCUAAAGGCUGUUCCUCUAUGCACCGCCUCACCGUUUCGGUACGAGCCUUGCAAGAAGUGCUUUGCAGAGUCGGAUCACGGCAAACUGUGGGUGGUUCUACAGAAGCUAGACGUUAGCGACGAUUUUGAUUUCACAACGUAUUUCGAGAUCUAUGAGUUCAAUUCAGAGACGAAAGAGUGGACUGUGGUGAUAAGCUUGAGAGGUAAAGCUUUGUUCUUGAGCCCUCAAGGUAGAUGUGUAGCGGUUAUAGCAGGUGAAACCGGGUCUGGAGGAUUUAUCAAAGACAAUUCCAUUUACUUCACCGAUGGGAGUCUGAGCGUUUUUGAAUGGGAGAGUAAGCAAAGCAAGAAGCUUCACCAGACAGGAUUUUGUAAUCUUAUGUUUUGGGUCACACCAGAAGAUGUUCUUCAAAGGUGAAAGACCGACACAUCUUAAUUAGGGAACUAUAGUUUUCGUAUUGCAUAGUAAAGGUUUUGUAUUCUUGUUUCAGUUUUGAUCCUUGUUUUACAUUACAUUUGUAGUAAUAGAUUUUUGUAAGGGAUGUUUUGUAACAAAAAUAAAGUUAUGAGAUUUAUGUUUCAGCAA